AAGUGCUACCCAAGCUUUCAAAAAUUGCUGGGCAUAUGUAUCGACAGAUAUGGGGAACUCCAAACUUCCUCUUGACAACAUUUUGUCAUCCAGACUUCGUCGCGAUGGAUAUAUCGUAUCUUGUCAUUGCUCACCGACAAUUGGGAUUUAGUGUUUUCGUGUCAAAGUUCACUGCCAAGGGCCAUGGUUCAUUAAAAUGAAUGAUUCUCCUAUUUUAAUUCCGUUCUCCACGUCUUGUGUCGCAUCCCGUUCCAAGUCUGCUGCGGCUCAGCCUCAUUGCCGUGCCGCAGAGGCUUAUCCCCCAUUCUAUAGCCUGGCGAUCAACUAGAACAAAACAUCCUAGGUUCCAAUAAUCAUUCACUCCUUUACAGGCUUUGUAAGGCCUGUAUGCAUUUCACUGUCUUAUUACUGGAGAACGGGCUUCUUUCUCCCUCUCUCGUGUCUUCCAAUCCCUAGUCCAAUAGUCCAUCAAUCCAAUCGCUGCAAUCUCCUCGCUAUCGAUAUCCUCUUCCCGCCCUUUUCGAAUUUCAGAAAUAAAAUACGUACAUGCAGACCAUGAUCUAAGAAGGGCACGAGGACACCAGCCCUACCAUGUUACGACGGAUUAUCCGUCCCGCACGACGCCUACCAAUAUGGCUUUUACUCUCCGUCGCCGCGCCUUUCGUUUUCGAAGUUAUUUUGCACUUAUGGCGGUAUAACGUGCCGCGGCCCGCGAGCGAGCUCGAUACACCGUUUUUUACAUCAUGUCAAGAGCCGGACGUUAGUGCGAAGCGAGAGAACGCGAUCCUGGUCAUGCUUGCGCGGAACCACGAACUCGAGAAGGCUAAUAAAACAAUCACUUCGAUCGAAAGACAGUUCAACAAGUGGUUCAACUAUCCUAUCUUAUUCCUUAAUGACAACCAGUGGGAUCCUAAGUUCAUAGAGGUGUUAAAUAAAACGUCACGAGGAUUAGCGACUUUCGAGGUCAUACCGCAGGAGAUAUGGACGUUUCCCGAAGGCGUAGAUGCGAAUGCGGCGAAGCAGAAUAUAAAAGAGCAAGGCGAGAUGGGGAUUCCGCAUGCCGGUGAAGAAGGAUACCACCACAUGUGUCGCUUUUAUUCGGGCAAAUUUUACCAGCUCGAAGUGCUGAAAAAGUACAAAUGGUACUGGCGACUCGAGCCCGACGUUGAUUUCAACUGCGCGAUCUCAUAUGACCCAUUCGUUCAGAUGGCACGACAUAAGAAGGUCUACGGCUUUACGAUUGCGUUAUGGGAAAUAGGCAAAUCAUGCCCGGGUCUGUUCCGCUCCGUCGCCGACUGGAAGGAGAUGAUGGGUAUUCCUACAAAUAACCUCUGGAAGGCUAUGGUAUCGGCUUCGUGGGUGCCGUUCCCAUUCCGACGAUUCAUGAGCUGGCUUCCGCAUCGCGACGCCUACGGUGAUGAAUGGAGUUUGUGCCAUUACUGGAGCAACUUUGAGAUUGCCGACAUGGACUUUUUUCGAACGAGGGCGUACCAGGAUCUCUUCGACUACUUGGACAAGAAGGGCGGAUUCUACUUUGAGCGGUGGGGCGAUGCCGCGGUACAUUCCCUUGCCGUCGCAAUGCUCGUAGAUCCGCGGAAGGUACACCACUUCGAGGAUUUCGGAUACCGACAUGACCACCUAUAUCAAUGCCCUGCUAACGCGCCAGGAGGCCAGCUGCCCGAAUCCCAACUGCUAGGAAGCGGGACGUGGUCACCAGAGAUGGAUAAUGGAAUCGGGUGCCGCUGCGAAUGCGACGGGCGGGUAACGAGUAACUACGGGGGUUAUUGUCUGAACAAGCUAAAGCAACCUACCACUAUAAAACGGCCGUGGUUCACAUGGCUCCUAUAGCAAGCAUAUAAGGUAAUCGGCAUUUCGGUUGUUUAUAUCUAUUGUCAUUGCCUCUUAACCAAUUUCCGUUGGGUUCUUCUUGCAUUGGACAUAUAAACAGGGAGAGCAUAGCCCUAGGUGCUCGCGGUGCUUCUGGCGUACUUGUAUUUAUAUAAAACCAUCGCAUGGGAAACGGGGACUGGAUGAACUGGAUACCACGGAACGGCUACAUCAUAGAUAUAGGGGAUCUCGCAUGAUCGCACGUGCGCAUCCGACCGGUUGGAACAGAGAAAUACCAGUCGUGCGUUACAUGAUGAAGCAAGUUAAUACUUGAGAUUUUCCAGAAGAGGCUAAUUGCCAAAAAUAAGGACUAAUGUGCGAUGCCUAAAAGGGAUGAUGGAAUUUCCUGGCUCCAAUUUAGAUCAUGUUCGUUACUAGUAGGCACAGUAAGCAGAGAGCAGU